AUGGGCGACCAAGGAUUUUUGAAGCAAAAGCCCGGCUACUCUACUAUCGCAAUCCAUGCUGGACAAGAACCCGAAAAAUGGAAGUCUGGUGCUGUAGUCCCGCCCAUUGUGACAUCAACUACAUUCAAGCAGCCAGCUCCUGCUGAGCAUACUGGGUUUGAGUAUGGCAGGUCGGGUAAUCCAACAAGAAAUACACUUGAGGAGUGCUUAGCUGCACUAGACGGUGGAAAGUAUGGCUUAACCUUUGCUUCUGGAUUAGGAGCCACUACUACCUUAAUAUCUCUUCUGGAUAAAGGAGAUCACAUAUUGGCAUGCGAUGAUAUUUACGGUGGCACUAACAGGUUAUUUAGAAAAGUAGCUGAAAGAUUCGGCAUGGAAAUAACGUUCGUCGAUUUUACAAAAUUAGAACUUGUUGACGAAGCUAUUCAGAAAAAUACAAAGAUGAUUUGGAUAGAAACGCCAACAAAUCCGCUUCUAAAAGUGGUAGAUAUAUCGGCCAUAGCUAAGGUGGCCAAGAGUCGGAAUGCCAAGAUAAUCACAGUGGUGGACAACACGUUCCUUACGUCGUAUUUGCAGCGGCCGCUGGACCACGGCGCUGACAUAGUCAUGUACUCGCUCACUAAGUAUAUGAACGGGCACUCUGACGUCAUCAUGGGAGCCGCGGUCCUCAACGACGCCGAACUAGAGAAGAGACUCAGGUUCCUACAGAAUGCAAUGGGUAUCGUUCCGUCGCCGAUGGAUUGCUACUUAGUCAACAGAAGUUUAAAAACCCUGGCCUUGCGUAUGGAACAGCACAAAAAGUCGUCGCUCGUUGUUGCCAACUGGUUGCUUAAACAUCCAAAGGUCACAGCAGUUAUGCAUCCAGGUCUACCUAGCCACCCCCAGUAUGACAUUGCAAGAAAGCAAAUGACCGGUCAUUCGGGUGUGUUUAGCUUCAAACAUUCAGGGGGCCUGAAAGAAUCGCGCAAAUUCCUCAGUUCCAUCAAACUUUUUACACUCGCCGAGAGUCUUGGAGGAUACGAGAGCUUAGCGGAACUACCUUCUGUGAUGACACACGCCUCUGUGCCAGAGGAGCAACGAGUAGAACUGGGCAUCACGGACUCACUCAUAAGAUUGUCUAUCGGUUUAGAAGAGGCCGACGACCUAGUCGCUGACUUGGAUCAAGCAUUUAAAGCAGCCUUUGAAUAAUGAACAUGAAAUCUCAUUUUUAAGUAAAGUAUUUUUUUUUUCAAUUCUUUAAGUUCAGUUAUAAAUAGAAUUAUCUUAAAAGACGAAA